CUGCCAGCGCCUGGAGCGGCGGUACCCGCUGGGCACGGCCCCGGCCGGGCUCCACCUGCGCCCGCUGUGUUCACACCUCACCCCUCGCCUUCCCCAGCCCGCUCCUGACUCCCCUCCUCGGGGGUUUAGCCCUCCGGUCUGCCAUGUCUGCUCCCUGUCAGCAAUGGCUCUUUCCUUUUUUGUAUCCCCCUUCCCCUUGGUAACCCGAGCUGAGCUCACAGGACACUGAGCGGGUCCCGAGGAGGGCAGCGGAGCUGGGGCAGAGCUCGGAGCACAAGAGCGUGAGAAAAGUAACUCGGCUGACCCAAAAAAUUAAGAUGCUAACCUUCCAGCCAGGGAGUGUAUUCAUCUCCAUAUCAGCUCUAUGACAACUGAAUAAGGUCCAGAAAUUAGCCAACAGUUCAUGAAAGAAGACGUGUUUGCUGGCUCUGAGAGAAAAAGAAAAUUGUUAAAGGCAGUGUGGAUAUGACUUGAAUUUUUCAUCAGGCUCUCAACACCAUUACUAGGGGUGAAGAAUGAUCUCCUUCCAGAUAGUUUUCCAAUAAUUUCACAGGGGAAUUAAGGUUGGAAGAUACUUCAGGAUGGAUAAAGCUGUUCAGCAUCCCAGUGAGAUCCUGAAUCAAACUAUCUCUAACAUUAGCCUUUCUCAGUUCUUGAACUUUGAUACAUGCCAGCUUUCCUCCCUUACAGAAUUCUUGCUUAUCUCAGCUUACACAUUGGUUACACUCGUGGGGCUUGUUGGAAAUCUUUGCUUAAUUAUUAUAAUAAAGAGACGGAAAGAAGCUCAAAAUGUCACCAACAUUUUGAUUGCCAACCUCUCUUUAUCAGAUGUCUUGAUCUGUAUCAUGUGCAUUCCUGUCACAGUUGCAUAUACCUUAAUGGACCACUGGAUAUUUGGGGAAGCAAUGUGUAAAAUAGGCUCUUUCAUACAAAGUCUCUCUGUCACAGUCUCCAUUUUCUCACUUGUACUCAUUGCUAUUGAGAGAUAUCAGUUAAUUGUGAACCCGCGUGGCUGGAAGCCCAGUAUUUCACAUGCUUAUUGGGGAAUUCUUUUUAUCUGGGGGCUUUCCCUCAUCAUAUCCACUCCUUUUUUAGUAUUCCACCAAAUAACAGAUGAACCCUUUAAACAUCUGUCUUUCCACAGUGAUUUCUACAAGAACAAGGUUGCUUGCAUCGAAGCAUGGCCGUCUCUUACAGAGAGACUGAUUUUCACCACCAGCCUGCUGGUUUUGCAGUACUGCUUCCCAUUGGGGUUUAUUUUUAUCUGCUAUCUCAGGAUAUUUGUAUGUCUUCGAAGGAGACGAGGUAAAAUAGACAGGAUGAGAGAGAAUGAGAACAGGCUGAGUGAAAACAAAAGGAUCAAUAUGAUGCUGGUAUCAAUUGUUGUGACCUUUGCAGCCUGCUGGUUGCCUCUCAAUAUAUUCAAUGUGGUUUUUGACUGGAACUACGAGGCGCUAAUGAGCUGUAAUCAUAACCUGACAUUUACAAUCUGCCACCUUGUGGCCAUGAUCUCAACAUGUAUCAAUCCCAUCUUUUAUGGAUUUCUGAACAGGAACUUUCAGAAGGAUUUGGUAGUAUUAGCUCAUCACUGCAGGUGCUCAGCAUCACAAGAUGAAUAUGAGAACAUCGCCCUUUCAAACCUGCAAACGGAUGCAUCUAAGGGGUCUCUGAAGUUAAACACUCCCCAUGUGGAUAUAUAAAAUAAUCUAACUGUAAUUUCCAAAAUUCUGUAUUUUGUUGAAGAUGGCCUUUUUCUGCAGGUCUUGGUCAUGUUACCACCAAGUUUAGAGGAAGUCUUUGCCAUUUAGUUUAGCAAAACUAGGAUUAUGCUCCUAUAGGCAUACUCUUAACAGGCACUUUAUGAUAGUAUUAAUGCUGAUAAACCACUUCCAACCGUCCUAAAGAUCAAUAAUAAUAAAUUAUAAACAGUAUUAAUGUCUUCCUUUUUUAAUCCACAGUUUCCAAGUCACUGCAUGCUACCUUAACUUCAAUAAAAAUGUUUCCAUUUCAGCCACUGUUGGGGACAUCUUUCCUAAACACCUGGCUUCCUCCAGGUAAACACUGGACACUGUGGUAUUCCUAACUUCAGCAGCCUUUCACACACUGUUUUCUGGCAUUUUUAUUCUCCAACACUGCAUCAAUACCCUCACUGGUUGACCUAUACUUUAGAGGCAGCUCACACUGUAAGGAAGGCCCUUGAAGUUAUUCUUUAGACUCCACCACCUUCCUUUCAGCCCCCUCAUGCAGUUUGCUUUGGCUCAGUACCUGUUCAGCCCAGAAAUUGUAUUUUAACAAGGGAAAAGCCUAGAGUUGGACUUUUAUUUUUUUAAUGAACUCUAAAACAGAACCCAUUUGAUGUACUACAAGUUUCACUCAGAAUGAUGUUGUUCAAGAUAAAAUAUAUAUUCAGCAUUUCUCCUAAUAGCAUUGCAUUCUCUAAACCACCAGUAAAGCUUAUUGCUUUCUCUCUUACCAGCAUCACUGCUCCUUACAACAGAUCUUUUGAAUCUCCAUUAUCAAAAAAACCCCACUAUGAAUUCAGAGUAAAUUUUGUUUUAGCUUCUUACUCAGAUUUCUCUUUGAGUAGAAAAUUAGGUUUACAUUUUAACUUCAGCAAUAUUUUUCCCCACAUUUCUGCACUAGCAGGAGGCUACACUUGAGCAGAUGUGGUCAUUUCUGUUAACAGAAACACAGUUUCUGUGUUUGAAAAUAAUUUCUUCUAUAACAGUGCAAAGAAGCCUAAAGGGAUAACACUGAACACAACUUUUCUUAAACUAAAACAUUUUAAAAACCACUUUCGAGUGUGGCCAUAAAAAAAUAGCCAAACUUUUUCUUCAUCUAUAACAUAGUGACAAUACAAAGAAUCAGUUAAUAUUGAGCUGUUUAAAUACAGUACUUAGAACACUUUAGUCCAAAAACUCACCAUGCUUCCUCUUAUUCAAAUUAAAUAUAAUUAAUUACUUGUAUUGCUAAAGCCCCUUCUUUUCUUCUGAGUUUCAAAACUCCCUGUUCAAACACUUGUACAUAAGGUUCCUUGUAAACUAUUCUCUAACUAGUAAAUUAUUAAUGCACCACUUAAGCAAAAAGAAUUCACAUUCAAAUUACAAUGAGCUCUUUGAUGACUCAGCUGUGAUGAAACUCACCUUAAGGCUAUAAAGUUCUCUUGGAGAGUGAACAUCUCUUUCCAUAGCCAUCCAGCUCCUAAAUGGUUCAGGAAAAGUUCUCUUGUUACAGCACAGAUCAGACUGUCUGUACAGAGGAGCUCUGUCAGAAGAGCCUCAGCAGCUCGUGCAGAUGCUCAGGUUUGUUAAGUGCUGCCUGAUUCACACUGAGAUAAAAGACCUCGGUGAAAUCUUAGUGUCUGAACCCAUAGAAGUCAUAAGGGCAGCUCCAUGGCAAGAACAGGAAUGGCAGAAUUAAUGACAUGGUAAUCAAGCAUCUAAGUGAUAGGCAUGGAUUAGCUUUGGCAUAAUUUAGGGUUUUUUUCCCUAAUUUAAUCAAAUAUCAUGCAUUUGGAAUUGAUUACACAAACAUUAACUUAAACACCUGCCUUGUGCAUCAUAGAAAAGAAGCCAGGAGACAGAUUAAUACCUAAUAGAGGCCAAUGAUCAGACUGUUGAGAGUAUUAACUAUUUCUGUGAACUUCUGUGGGCUGCCUUUAUUGCUGAUGCACAUCAUCUGUGUGUUCAGCACAACAAGCAUUUAAUCAAGGUAAAAGCAGUAACUUGCAGUCAAUGACACUGGGGCCCUGCAUGGUCAGAGGUGCUGGUUGUGCUUUGGUGAAGGGAUGGAACUGCUUCUCUCACUACUGAGACUCCUGGGUAACAAAGUGAUUCACUGUCUUCAUUGCACCUGCCUUGACUGAGAGCAAAUCUGAUCCGGGAACUUCACUUUUCUUGGGGAUCCCAGUACCUGUAUUGAAAACCAUUUAUUCCUGUCAGAAGAUCAUUCCCUGAACAGCAUUUUAACAAAUGUUGGUGUCACACCUGCUAGAGACUGGGCUAUCUACUGUAUUUCCCUGGAUUUGGAACACAAAUCUCUAUCACCAUCUUCCUCAAAUUUAAGUACACUGUUUACAGCUUCAGGGCCCAUGCUUAAAGCAUUUUACAAGCACAUGACAUUAAGAAUUUCACCUCUAAUUCAUCACUUCUAAUUUAUUAAUACUUGCACAGCUGUUCAGAUUACUCUCAUUGGCAAAUGUCUCAGAUAAUAUUUAAUGUUUGAAUCAGGCUCAGCUGAGAUUCCCAUGUGUGAACUUGGCCUAAGUGGCUCCCAUCCCACAGACAAGCCCAAGUGUGCAUACUUUUACAGCAGAGGUGGUUUUAGCAUCACAUCUCUAGUGGUUUCAAAACAGCCAUGAAAUGAAUUCUGGUUCAGAUUGUGUGAUGCUGAUGGAUGGUCUCUACUUUCUCUCCAUAGAAGUGCUUGGGCUGUGUGCAAUAGACAGGCAAAAAAAGAUUGCUAUCACUUUUUUUAUAGCAAUUGUCUACUCCUGACAAUCCUGAUCAGAGUUAAGCACUCAAUUUUUCCUUCCAGUCUGAAAAUCUUGAUAUAAGAGGGUUCUUCAUUAGCAGGUGGGAGCUCUCUGAGCAAUGACACUGCUUCAGAAUCAAAAAUGAACAAUAAUACUUGUGCCUUGAUUUCUCCUUCUUAUUUCUUUCUCACACUUUCAUUUGACUCAAGUGUUGAUGGAUGCUCCAUUUCUGUUCUGAGCAUUCAGUCAUCAAGUAUCUCUCCUUAAUGCUGCACUUGUAACAAUUGUUAAUGGAACAGAGGAUCCUCACUGUCUCGGAGACGUCGCCCUCAGCCCUGUACAUUCUCUCACUACAUCCACUGGCUUCCUGUGCAUCCUGAUACUGAACUUCCAAGCAAGUCAGUAGGAGACAAUUGUGACAGGAAUAGGAAUAAAGAGUAAUUACUUGUUUUUAAAGCAUAAGUAUUAUGGACUCCAACACAGUGUGUGACAGAGGUAAAUGUAACUGUAAUACCUAAUACUUAAAGAUUGCUCAAGUUAAACUGGCAAAUGCUGCCCUUUCUUGGGUAAUGCUGAUGACUUUAUUUUCCCUUGUUUUAUUGGUAUAGUCAAGUAGAAAAAAUACUAACAGCCUUUCUCAGCAGAAAGUUGUUACCUAAUAUAACCAGCUGGAGAAUUUCCUUGGGGGAGCAGCACCAUGGAAUUAACUCCAAAAAACUAGAGGGGCAUCUGAACUCCCCAGUGUUAUUCCAGUGUAGAAAGUCUUAGUUUUUAAAAACUAAAAACUGCAUCACAGCUUUUUGAGUGGUUUGGUGACCAAUAUAUUUAUAAACGUCCUUGUAAAUUAACUGUGUCCUUACAUGUCUGUGUAUUUUAUGGUUGAUCAGUUUCAUUUUAAGCAUUUAUUACUAGGGUUAGAUUCUUGUGAACUGCCAUCCACUGUGGAAAUUAUUUCAUUGAGCAAAGAGCUCAAUUGAUUAUUGACUGUAAUCCUGUCUGUGGACAAAGGCAGUGCCAGUGCUGUGUGUGCUUUAAAGACUGAUUUCUCCCAUUGACUGACAAAUAAAUAUUACCCUGUGUAAAACCAUCA